GGGUUUGGUAAAUGAUUGAUCUGAGGUCAGCGUUUCUCACUGAUCGACCACUCAGUGACCGAUCAGUCGGCGCAUAGUCGUUUCUUCAUCUUCAUCGGUGUGUACUCUGAGGAAGAGGAGGACUGUUUCCUGUAACAUGACUGAAGGCAGCAGCGCUCUGCUCAGGAGGCUGCAGCAGCUGCAGUGUCACUUCACCUGGGAUCUGAAGAAGGACGUGGACCUGAAGAACCUGAGCACCCGACUACAGGACCACAUAAAACUGCAGCUCGGCCAGCGCGGGGCAGUGGCUCGAUCAUACAGCUUCUUGGCUUAUGUCAGGUACAGUUUCCACAGCAGUGGGCACAAUUACUUCUGGGAAACUGAGGAGCCUCUAUCCAUCAAACAGCUUCACUCUGCCCUGGAGCUCAACCCCGAUGAUGCUGUUCUGCAGUCGAUGCUGGCUGUGAAGCUCGCAGCCUAUAAGAAAUAUGAAGAGGCUGUGGGUCUGCUGAAGAAAGCACUGAAAACUGAUCCUGAUAACCCUCAUGUCAGCCGCUACGUAGGAAAAUACUUUCGUAAUCAUCAUCGAUUGGAUGAGUCUAUUGAUAUGUUGGAGCGAGCGUUGAAGAGGGCCACCCAGUCAUCUUUCAUCCACCACCAGCUGGCGCUGUGCUACAAGAGGAAGAAGAUUGCUGAGCAGAGCCGCAAGCCCUUCAGCAGUCAAAGAGAGGUGCGGUACUGGAGGCGUUGUUGUAUUCGUGAAUUUGAAAUGGCUGUUAAGAUAAAGCCGACCUUUCAUCUUGCGUGGGCUGACCUGGCACUGCUGUAUGCAGAGGAAAGGAAUUUAAGAAGGGCAGAGGAGAUUUUCCAGCAGUGCUUGUUGAAGUUACCAGAGUGUAAUGAAAGACUUUCUCAGGCUAUCCAUCAGCGCUAUGGUGACUUUCAUUACCAUCACAAAAGAAAUGAAGCUCAAGCCAUCGUUCACUACACCAAGGGUCUCCUGAUACCGCUGAAGAAAUAUGAGAAGAAAGUCUGUGCUAAGAAACUGAAGCAGAUCGCUGAGAAACUUCUGGCAAGGAAUCCAGGUGAUGGUGAAGCUCUCGCUCUGCUGGGUCAGGUGGCCAGAGCUGAGGGCAACAGGAAGGAAGCUGCUGAGUUUUAUGAGAAAGCUCUGAACUGUGACAAGGACAAUGAAGAGUAUCUGUCUGCUCUGUACGAGCUUCGUCUGCAGCUGCAGGGAUCAUCCUCUGAUUAACUAUGAUUGCUGCACUCCUGUUACAUCAUACUUCAGCCCGCUGAAUGUGCUUGAUCUUGUGCUUCAAGGUCUGCACAAUUCUAACAAAUGGAGCCUUUCAUUCCCACCUUUCUUUUAGGUAUUAAAUUAUAAACAACGAAGCAUUACACACAUCAGGGCCGCUUUUAUUGGACGUUUCAGGCAUGUGCAGUGCUGGGUGGAGCUCUGUCACCAACACCCGAAAAAACUGAGUUUAAGAAUGGUGUUUAGUGAAUUCCAUUAAAUUAAAGUCACGCUUAUGCUGAAGACUAAUUCAGACUAGUGCUGGGCCAUAUCAUUCUGUUCAUGGUAAUACUGGCAUAAUGUUAGGCAAUGAUAAGAAAAUGAAAUAUCGCGAUAGAAUAUGGGUAAAACGCGCAUGCGCAGUUCCUUUGUUUUCAUAUGCACAUGGCGGAAAAAGCGCGGCGGCAACGGAGAAUGAGAGGGAUGAAAGCGGAUCAUUGAAUGAAACUGAUGAACCAGAAUUGGUCUGUAAAAAUGCUGCAACUUGAGUGAUGUGGAAAUGGUUUGGCUUUUGUCCAACCACCAAAGCAUAAUAUUUUGUAGAACAUGCAAGCAGGCUUUCGUUACCAUUAUUACCGUGUUUUUCGGAAAAUAAGGCACUCUUAAAAUCCUUUGAUCUUCUGAAAAAUCGACGGUGCCCCUUAUAAUCUGGUGUGCCUUACAGUAUGUAUGAAUUCUGGUUGUGCUCACUGACCUCGGACUGAUUUUAUGUGGUACACGGCGCUCAAACAUCCUUCAAAAAUGUUUUAGUACGACUUUGGUAAGCUAUAAAUCCACACCGCUUGAUGGAUUGUUGUAGCAUUACGGCUGGAGCCUCGUGUAGUAAUACGUACUGCGCUUCAACAUAAUAUUACCGUAUCGUGUGAAUAUAACCUCUUUUUAAGUUCUGUGGAUGUUAUACAGGGUUACACUCAGGAAAUGUCUGCCCAUUUCCACUGGAAAUGCCUUUGAAACCUGCAGUUCACCUGAAACGUACCUGGACGACUGAGCAUGCGUGAAUUUAAGAUACACGAGUGUUACAUUAUUAUAACUAGGAAUGGGUAUCAUUUAGGUUUUAUCUGAUACCAGUGCCAAACCGGUACUUUUGAAACGGUGCCGGUGCUUAAACGGUGCUGAACCGGUGCUGAACCAGUGCUUAAAGAAUGGAGAACACACAAUUGGUCCAAAAACCUUUCAUGUUUAGCUGUU